UGCCAUGAAAAUGACUUGGGGUUUUAGGGUUUACCGGUUUAUUGCAUAUUUUUGUGGUAGAAACUCUACUUUCUCUCACUGGUCCUGAUGUUGGAGUAGUGGUCCGCUCUCCUCUCUCUCUAUCUCUCUCUCCUCCAUACCUUUAUCACAUGCAAUCUUCACAAAUCCCACGAAUCGACGUUUGUUCUCUCUCUCUCUCUCUCUCUCUCUCUCUCUCUCUCUCUCUCUCUCUAAAUCUGAUUUCUACGCUCAAAAUCGAUUUGCCCGUCUUAUUUUAAGUGGAGGAGGCAUCUUUGAAAAGGUGGAGGUGGAGAGGGAGAUUUAUAGAUUUAUGGAUUUGCACAGUACUUUUUGAUUCACAGAGAGAGAAUCUGCUGUGCGGCAUGCUUUUGUGAUCAGCAGAACCAGUGAUGGUGGCGGAGGGAGAGAGGGAGGGAGGGAGGGACCCACUCCGACGACGACACCAUCAAACAACAAAAACGCACCUCUGUCCUCUGUCUUCUCAGUCUCUUUCUCUUUCUCUUUCUGAUCUUCAGAUCAUUUCAGGUCAGUUGGCCUGAAAUUUGAAUAAAUUAAACAUUUCUCCAAAAGGUGAUGAAGUCUACCCUCCUGCAAUUUUUUAUUUGGUUGGAGGCUAAGAAGGGAAUAACAUCUACAUACCAGUUUUAUCCGAACCUAUAUAUAUAUAUAUCCAUUUGUACGCUCGCCGGCGAUGCCGACGCCGGUCUCCUUGGCCAGGCAAUGCUUGACCGACGAGGCCGCUCGCGCCCUCGACGACGCCGUUGCCGUCGCCCGCCGCCGUUGCCACACCCAGACCACCUCCCUUCACGCCGUCUCCGCCCUCCUCGCCCUCCCUUCAUCUUCUCUCCGAGAGGCCUGCUCCCGCUCCCGGAGCUCCGCCUACUCCCCCCGCCUCCAGUUCCGGGCGCUGGAGCUCUGCGUUGGCGUGUCCCUCGACCGCUUGCCGUCGUCGAAGACUGCGGAAGACCCGCCUGUGUCGAACUCCCUCAUGGCGGCGAUCAAACGGUCGCAGGCGAAUCAGAGGCGGCAUCCCGACAGCUUUCAUUUGCAUAUGCAGCAGCAGCAGCAGCAGCAAACGACAUCGAUUUCGUGCGUGAAGGUGGAGCUCAAGCACUUCAUUCUAUCGAUUCUCGACGACCCGAUUGUCAGCAAGGUUUUCGGGGAAGCGGGUUUUCGGAGUUACGACAUCAAAUUGGCGAUUCUCCAACCUCCGGCGCCGCCGGUUUCUCGGUUCUCGCGGAGCCGGUGCCCUCCCCUGUUUCUCUGUAACCUGCCCGGGGGAGAUUCGGACCCGGGUAAUUUUGGUUUCCCGUUUCCGUUCACGGGGCCUUCUGGGUCUGUCGACGGGGAUGAGAAUUGCCGGAGAAUUGGAGAAAUUCUGGUUAAGAGUAAGGGGAAGAACCCAUUGCUUAUUGGCGUUUGCGCAAGCGAUGCUCUCAAUAGCUUUGCGGAGUGUGUAGAAAAUAGUAGUAUUUUGCCGGCGCAGCUUGCUGGGUUGAAGUUAAUAUGUAUUAAGAAGGAGGUUUCUGAGUUUGUCGCCGGCGGUGGCAGUGAGGAUCAGCUGGAUUUUAGGUUUAAAGAAUUGGGUAUUAAAUUGGAGCAUCAUUCGGGUCCGGGUCUUCUCUUGAGCUUUGGGGAGUUGGCGGCGCUGGUCGGCGACGAUGCCUCUGCCGAUGCUUUGAGCCGUGUGGUUUCGAAAUUGACAGGUUUAUUGGAGCUUCACAGCGAGAAUCUGCGGCUGAUAGGGGCCGCCGAGAGCUACGAGACCUACUUGAAGUUUUUGAAUCGGUUUCCUCGUAUCGAGAAAGAUUGGGAUUUGCAUCUGCUGCCCAUCACUUCUUCUUCUCGACCCUCUUCAAUUGAAGGGUUCGGCUCCAAGUCUAGCUUGAUGGGGUCUUUUGUACCAUUUGGUGGGUUCUUUUCAGCAUCAUCUGAUUUCAAAAAUCCAUUAAGCAGCGGAAUUCAGUCUGAAAGCCGUUGUCACCUGUGUAAUGAGAAGUAUGAACAGGAAGCUUAUGCUAUUUUGAAGGGAGGAUCUGGAAUUUCAGUUUCUGAUCAGUGCUCAGCAACCAUACCUUCUUGGUUACAAAUGUUUGAACAAAGCACAACCAAAGGAGCUGAUGCAGCGAAGGUCCAAGAUGGUGGACUGGCAUUGAAUGCUAAGAUUAUGGACCUGCAGAAGAAGUGGAAUGAUAAUUGUCAGCGUCUUCGUCACCCUAAACCAUUCCCUAAACUGCAUAUUUCCCAAGCCAGGUCCCAGGUUAUAGGUGCUGAAGGCUUUCAAUUUGCUGCUGAUAAAAAGCAAAGCAGCAUUAAAGAUUCAUCUCUGGAAGAAAGUGGAUGCUCAUCCACCAGUCCUUGCAUGCCCAUGGACUUGAACAAAAUUUCUUCGUCGAUGCAAUACAUGCCAAUACAAAUUUAUUCUGAGGCUGCAAAUGCUAAUUUUCAAUCCAAGCUGCAAGCAAAAGUUUUGGAGAGUUGGCGGACAGAAACAGGGAACUUUUGGUUUCAGCCAAAACCUCCACCUGAUUUGACCCGGCUCACCAAUCACACACCAUCUUCAUCUGUUGCCUCUGUGGCCACAGAUUUGCAGUUGGGAACACCAUAUGCAUCUGCCCGCCAGGAGAAAAAGAACCUGGAAUUCCAGGGGCAUAUAAAUCAUCUACAGCAUUUCCCAGGUUAUGUUUCAGCCGCAUUUGAUGUGGUUAGUGACAAUAGUUCAAAACGAACUGCUCAGUCAUCCUCUUGCUCUGUUCCUGAACUGGUAGGACAGUUGGAUCCAAGCGACCUGAAGUCACUUUGGAGAGUUCUAUCUGAAAAGGUUGGCCGGCAGGAUGAAGCUAUAUGCGCCAUUUGUCAAACCAUAUCCCGUUGUAGAACUGGUGAUAGAAGGCAUCAUGGCUCAAGUUUUAAAGGAGACAUUUGGUUCAGUUUCCUUGGACCUGACAAAUUGGGAAAGAAGAGGGUAGCCACUGCACUCGCUGAGGUAAUGUUUGGCUGCACUGAAAGCUUAAUCUCUGUGGAUUUGAACUCUCAAGAUGGACUUUGUCAGUCAAAUUCAAUAUUUGAUGGCCAGGAAUUAAAUGUCUCCCAUGUGAAGUUCAGGGGGAAAACUGUUGUUGACUAUAUUGCCGAGGAAUUGAGAAAGAAACCCCGUUCACUAAUCUUUCUUGAAAAUGUGGAUAAGGCUGAUAUGCUGGCUCAGACUAGCUUGUCCCAGGCUGUAAGGACCAGUAAGUUUCCAGAUUCGCAUGGGAGAGAAAUCAGCAUCAACAACAUGAUCUUUGUGACAACAUCAAGCAUUACUAACAGCAAUAAUAACUACAAUAAUUUGCUCUCUUGGGAAAAACCCAGUGAAUUUUCAGAGGAAAGAAUACUAAGAGCUAAUGGCUGGCAAUUGCAACUUUUAGUUGGAUGCGUUUCUAGGGAUGCUGCCAGAAACACCAGUGGCAUGAAUGUGUUGGUUUCUCCGAGCGAAGGAACGUCAAACAAAGCAUUGCUGAGGAAAAGGAAGCUACUCAAAACAAGUGACUCUGCAGAGCACGACGAAGGCUUGGAGGUGCUAAAACGGGCUGGCAAGAUGUCAAAAUCCUGUCUGGAUUUGAAUUUGCCUGUAGAGGAAAUGGGAGAGGAUGUUGAUACUGGAAACUCGGAUAGUAGUGAUUGUCCCUCCGAAAACCCAGAAACUUGGUUGGAAGAUUUCUUAAAUCAAGUGGACGAGCAAGUAGUUUUCAAGCCAUUUGAUUUUGAUGCUCUUUCUGAGAAAAUACUAGAAGAAAUCAGCAUAAGCUUCCAAAAGAAGGUGGGUAAUGAGGCACUGCUAGAGAUUGAUCCCCAAGUCAUGGUGCAGAUACUUGCAGCUGCUUGGGUAUCAAGUGGGAAGAGAGCAGUGGAGGAUUGGGUUGAACAGGUUCUGAGCAGGAGCUUUGCUGAAGCUAGGCAGAGGUAUGACAUCGCUUCCAGGUCCGUUCUGAAACUAGUUGCGUGUGAGGGCCUUUCUGCAGAAGAGCGAUUUCCCGGGGUCUGCCUUCCUGUGAGAAUUAUUUUGAACUAAUUUUUCUUGGCAAUGUCCUUUGUAAUUAUUUGUAUAAUGUAGUUUUUGACCUUGUAAUAGCAUAGUUGGGUCAGUUCAUCCCACAAUUUUGCUGGGUUUCCCCCCUUUUGGUCCCUUUUUGACUGCAGUUAGAGAAUGUAAUUUCCCGUGUCCUCACAAAUGAGUCAGUUGUCUUCAAUUUUUUACCAGCUGGAAAGUGGACAUACUUCCCUUCAGUCUAAUGUAUUUUGACUCCUAUACUUUUGAAGACUCCAGCUUCUAAACAAAGUGUCACCUUUCAAGUUGUUUCACCAUGUUUGGUACAUAAUAAUAGAAUGAAAUGACUUAAAAUGUUAUUUUU